AUGUAUUAUUAAUUUAUAAUUAUUUUAUUUUUAUUACACUAAUUUCUAGAAAAAAUGUAUUUUAUUAUAUCACCCUCCAAACCAAAGACAACCCAAAUUUAUAAAUACUGUAUACGUUUUGGUAAUUAAGUAUCAUAUAAUUUUUAUUUUGGUCUAAAUUUGCGAGCUAAGAGAGAGAGAGAGCGCUGUUGUCCUUGUUCAUCGUGUAUAGUUAUGCAAAUUCGAGGGCGACUUCUUCAACAGAGGAAUAGCCAGCCAUAGCCAAUAACUAUAACAAUAACCACUGCAACUGAGCCAAAAUCAUGGCCAACUUCUGGGAUUUCGUUCCUUCUUCUCCUCCUCCUGCCUUCACCUCCUUCUCCUAUGGUUCCUCCCACGACUUCUGGCGGGAAAACGUCCAUGGGGGUUGGGCUACUCUCCUUGCUCUCCUUCUCAUCUUGCUCUGGCACUUUUCUAGAAGAUUUUCUUUCCAAUUUCGUUUUUCGUCUUCUUCUUCUUCUUCUUUUCCUUCUUCUUUGUCUUCGUCGUCGAUUCUCGCCCCGCCUUCUACUCCCGCCGCCGUCUCGACUUCUCCGACUCCCCAAUUUGGGAUCUCAGAGAUUGUCUCGGAUGCAGAUUUAUUGUUUCUGGUGAAGAAUUUGGACGAGAAGAAUGGUGAGAAUGAUAAGUGGGAGAGUGUUGUAGACAAAAGAAAUGUUCAUCUUUCCUACAGUGCUAAAUGCUGCAAGUCUAAGGAUGUUCCCUUGAAAUACUUGAGUGUUACCGUAUUCGAGAAUUGCUCUACUGAGUUAUUGAGAGACUUCUAUAUGGACAAUGAUUACAGAAAGCAGUGGGACAGAACAAUUGUAGAGCAUCAACAGUUACAAGUGGAUGAAAACAAUGGAAUAGAAAUUGGCUGCACAAUAAAAAAAUUUCCACUCUUGACACCUAGAGAGUAUAUUUUAGCCUGGAGAUUGUGGGAGGGCAAGGAUAAUACAUUCUACUGUUUCAUUAAGGAAUGCGAACAUCCUAUGGCACCAAAGCAAAAGAAGUAUGUUCGUGUCAGUGUUUUUAGAUCUGGUUGGCAAAUCAGAAAAGUUCCUGGUAGAAAUGCAUGCGAGAUCAGAAUGUUUCAUCAAGAAGAUGCUGGUUUAAAUGUGGAGAUGGCAAAGUUGGUUUUCGCAAAGGGCAUAUGGAGUUAUGUCUGUAAAAUGGAUAGUGCCUUACGAAAGUAUCCUACUGUCAGACAUCCUCAAUCUUCUUCCGUUAGUGCUGUCACUUUGAUUAAAAAGGUUCCACCUGGAUUAGAAGAUACAGAUGAUGUGAGUGUGACCUCAGAAGUAAUCUCAGCAUCGAAUACUGUUCAUGGAUCAAUUAUUGUCGAGCAAAGAAAAUUAUUAAUGAAACCAUCAAAGAAAAUGGUAGCAAAGGGCUUGCUGCUUCUCGGGGGGGUAAUCUGCCUGUCUCGUGGUCAUCCUAGUUUGGGUGCUAAAGUUGCUAUGGCAUGCAUCUUGAACAAGCUGAGGAAACGUGGUGCUUCAUCAACGCAAAGCAAUCAAAAGUAGGUACAUGACCCUGUUGCAUUACAAUAAUGUUGCAUGGCAUAGUAAAGUUUCCACAUGCAACUGCCACCAUAGAAGUCUUGUAGUAUGCUCUUUCUAAUGAGUGACACCAUCUCUUUGCGAAUAAAGCAAAGUGGAGGAAAUGGAAGAAGGUGGAAGAGGAAGAGAUGGGUCCAUAUUUGUUAAGAAUGUUGUAAGUGAUAGAAUUCUGUUACUUCUCUAACGGUUUUGUAAAUCUUUAAGUGCCCUGAAGGGAUGGCAUAACUGAUAAUAAGAAAAUUUCUAUUACUAA